AUGGCCACUUUAUCAAGCCAUAGCCCAAACACAUCACUGAUCAGCGUCUACGUUGAGGUGGCCGAGGCAUAUGCGGACUUGCACGUGGGCUUAACCUACGACACGAGCGUGAAAAAUCACUAUGGACUUAAUGAGCUCGUUAGCUUGAUCCUGUUUCGGAAGGAGGAGCCAUGGCAGAUUGUUUAUGAUGGAAAACCUAAUAAAGACCAUAUAAUAGACUUCCUUACCGCCAACUUCCAGCCGAACGUCACCAUGUUCACUUGCGUCCAUGUGCCCGUCUUCGAGACGAACACACUCAAAUACUCUGUCUACUUGUUUUUGCUUGGCUCAGAUCCUCAGCUUGAAGAGAUUCGCGCAAACUUCUCCCUUGUUGCUGGUGAUUUCAAGUCCACGGUAAGGUUAAUUGGUGUAUAA